AUCUCUCCUGGACAAACACGUCAGACUGGUCUCAUUUUAACAGCCAAAAUGGAAGAUGGAGAAAACUCAGGUGGCACUUUUGAUGGUACAUACAAGAAACUGAUUAGUCAAGAUGAUUUAAACGCAGAUGAUUACCCUCUCUACUCAAACCAAGAGAAGCAACAAGUGUCCAUGUCCAUGGUGAGACCUGAAUCCAGUUUGAAUCAUUACAAAGUGCUCACAGCAAGCCUGGCCGUGCUCGCUGUCAUUCUACUAGCAGUUGAUAUUGGCCUGGGAGUCUAUUAUAGCAGACUUACUGAUGGGCAGCAUACAAUAACGGACAUCAGCAGUGAGGUGGCCAAGCUGCAGGCUACUUACAACACUGCAAUCCAACGCAGGGAUGAAGUCAAGAAACAGUUGGCAAGAGAGAUCAGUGAGCAGCAACUUACCAAGUGGGAGCUUGAACACCAAAAGAGAAGAAACAAAGACUACGAAAAGCAGACUGACAAAAUUCAAAUGGAAAUUGCAGCGUUGAAAUCCCACAUGCCAAUGAUUAAGGAGGGCUGCAGACACUGUCGACCAGGAUGGACUUUCAUUUACUCAGUGUGUUACUACUUUGCUUUAUCUGAUAGUCUUUUGCGCAGAUCAUGGCAGGAAGCCAGACAGUUCUGCACAAAGCAAGGAGGCGACUUGGCAGUGAUAGACAGCAGAGAGAAACAACUGGCAAUAAGUAACUUGAUAAAUAAUUAUCAAGACCCCUCGAGACCCAUAUUCCAAAGUGGCUUCUGGAUCGGACUGAGAGAUAUGGAGGAGGAGGGGACUUGGAAAUGGCUGGAUGGAACAAGACUGACUGAGGGGUACUGGAAUGAUGGCGAGCCCAACAAUCAGGGAAAUGAGGACUGUGCAGGUCUGUAUCCCAGAAGCAACCCCUUUAAGGCCUGGAAUGAUGCUCCAUGCAGUCAUGCACUGAAAUGGAUUUGUGAAAUGACACCAAGGUCACACCCUUCUGAUGCAAGGAUUUACUGAGAAUGGGGCAAAAAGCAAAGACCUACCAGUGACCAGGGACUCUGCAGCUUGUGGAUCAGAAGGGUCAAAGGAGAAUGGCCAGAAAAGUGCAAAUGAACAGACAUGACAUAAUGAGGCCAAUAACAUCCAAAUUCAACGCUGGUGUGCAGAAUUUUAUCUGAAAAUGCACCACACAGGACUGUCUCCAAUGGGAUACAACAACACACUCUGUUACUCUAUGUUAUAGGCUUACUUAAUAAACUGGCAAUUUACUGUAUACGUACCAUAAAUAAACACAAACCAAAAGUAA